GCUACCGGGGAGGGCUGGAAGGGGAGGGGUUCGGUUGGGGUGAGGGGGCCUUGCCGAACAAAUGAGCGACCUGCGAAAGAAACGACCGACGGAAACGAAUGUGUGAAGGCGCGGUUUGAUGCGCAAGAACUAUAUGAAAACUCCGGCGUUUCUUUGCGCUGUUUGAGUCUUAUGACGAGAUCUUGGCAUUCGAGAGUGAUACAACUUUGACAAAUUAUGCAACACCUCAAAGUCGCGUCGAAACCGAUCAAACUCUCGCAUACACCGAUCAAACCGGCUCCUUGGAGGAGGGUGAAUCACUGUCUGGCUGGCCCUCAUCAGAAUCUCAUAACGUCAUCUCUGAUUGGUGAACGCGUGCUAACUCGCUUCUCUGUUCCAGUGAACAUCUUCUAGACUACACAUCUAUACAUUACACAUCAAAAUGUCCCGCGAAGACUCCGUUUACCUUGCCAAGCUCGCUGAGCAGGCUGAGCGCUACGAGGAGAUGGUCGAGAACAUGAAGACCGUUGCUUCCGCCGACCAAGAGCUUACCGUCGAGGAGCGAAACCUUCUUUCCGUCGCCUACAAGAACGUCAUCGGUGCCCGCCGUGCCUCGUGGCGCAUCGUUUCCUCCAUCGAGCAGAAGGAGGAGUCCAAGGGUAACGAGGCCCAGGUCACCCUCAUCCGCGAGUACCGCCAAAAGAUCGAGGCUGAGCUUGCCAAGAUCUGCGAGGACAUCCUCGAGGUCCUCGACGCACACCUCAUCCCCUCCGCCGCCUCCGGCGAGUCCAAGGUCUUCUACCACAAGAUGAAGGGUGACUACCAUCGUUAUUUGGCCGAGUUCGCCAUCGGUGACAAGAGGAAGGAGUCUGCGGACAAGUCAUUGGAGGCGUACAAGGCUGCUUCUGAUGUUGCCGUUACUGAGUUGCCUCCUACCCACCCUAUCCGUUUGGGCUUGGCGCUCAACUUCUCUGUUUUCUUCUACGAGAUUUUGAACUCUCCCGACCGUGCAUGCCACUUGGCAAAGCAGGCUUUCGAUGACGCAAUUGCUGAGCUCGACACCCUCUCUGAGGAGUCUUACAAGGACUCUACCCUUAUCAUGCAACUCUUGAGGGACAACCUUACCCUCUGGACCUCAGAUCUCCAGAACGACGAGGCUUCGGGUGAGAAGGCCGAGGAGGCACCUGCUGCCAUCGAGCCCAAGGCUGAGGAGCCCCAGUAA